UCGUCUGACUUCGUCCCUCAGCGACACUCACGCAAGCCUCUUUGUAACCCAGCAGGAUACAACUUUUGGGGGCAAUUCUCACACACGCACACUAAUCUGGGGGAAUCAUGUGGGAAUCUCAAAGAGCUUUUUAAAAGGCUUACUUCUUGGACCAUGUCGCUUCCGGAGGAGGACCUCACAUGCCCCAUCUGCCAUGAAAUCUUCUCCGACCCGGUGGUGCUGUCUUGCAGCCACAGCUUCUGCAGGAGAUGUCAGGAGCGCUGCUGGGACGCGCGCCUCCGCGAGUGUCCCGUGUGUCGGAAGAAGACUUCCAAGUCAAGCCACUUUCCCAACCUGGCCCUGAAGAACAUCUGCGAGGCCGUUGUCUCCCGCAGGGAGGUGGAAGCGGUGGAGGAGAGGUUGAUGUGUCCCCUGCACAGGGAGAAGUAUAAGCUCUUCUGUUUGGAGGACAAGGAGCCCAUCUGCGUGGUGUGCCAAUGCUCCAAGGCGCACAAGGACCACAAGUGCUCACCUGUCGAAGAGGCAGCGACGGACUGCAAGGAUAAACUAAACGAAUCCCUCAAGAGUCUGCAAGACAAACUGGACAAAUUGAAGACGAUCCACGGGGCCUCCGUCGACAUGAUCAAGCACAUCAAAGAGCAGGCAGUGGAGACUCGACGUUUAAUCCGCGGUCAGUUUGAGCAGCUCCGUCAAAUGCUGAACCGGGAGGAGGAGGCCCGGCUGGCGGCGGUCAAGCGGGAGGAAGAGGAGAAGAUGGCGAACAUGAACGACAAGAUGAAGGAGUUGUCGGCCGAGGUGAUGUCCCUGGCCGAGAGCGUCGGCGCUGCGCGCCAGCUCCUGAAGGAAGAUGACAUGGUCUUGUUGAAGAAGUUUAAAGAUCACGAGGACAGACACACAACAUUGGGCUCUGACAACAUGUGCGGCGCCCUCCUCGACGUGACCAACCAUGUCUCCAACCUCAAGUACAGAGUGUGGGAGAAAAUGCUGGAACAUAUUGAUUAUACCCCCGUGACCUUGGACCCGAACACAGCGCACCCUUGCCUCAUCCUGUCGGAUGACCUCACUUCCUGCCACUACAGCGACCGGAUGAACUGUUGCCCCGACAACCCAGAGCGCUUCCACAUCAGCGCCGAGGUGGUGGGCGCCGCGGCGUUGGGCUCGGGAAGCCACCGCUGGGUGGUGCAGACGGGAAGCAACCGGGACUGGCUUCUGGGCGUGGUCUCCUCGUCCAUCCCGAGGAACUCUGAGGUCAACGCCAGGCCCGAAAACGGCUUCUGGACUCUGUGCUUCCGGGACGGCCAAGUCAAGGCCAUGACUUCCCCACCGACGCCGCUGGAAGUGUCCAGGGUGCCGGAGCGAAUCAAAGUCCACGUGGAUUAUGACAAAGGCGCCGUGAUGUUUUGGGAUGACGACGACGACGACGACGACUCGCCGAUUCACGUGUACGAGCAAACAUUUAGCCAAACGCUGCUGCCGUACUUUUACACGCAGAGUAGCCAUCCGUUGAGAAUCCUUCCGGAGAGGGUGCUCGUCACCAAGCUGAGGCAAUAAAAACGCCAUUGGAACA